AUGGUGGACGUCUCUCCCCUGACCGACAACUCCUCUUCGGUGACUCAUCUACAUGCCGAUGUUACGCUCCCUUCCUGGGUACAAUUAGCUCCGGCGUUGCAGGUCCAGGAAGUUCUCGACUCCACUGAUUGGUUGGUGGUUGCCUGCGUCUCUGAUGGUACAUCGCAGUACAUCUGGUGUGACAUCGAUGACAUCCAAGUACCCGAUAUCCCUGUCCCUCGGGAGCACCCUAAGCUUACGUCGGCUCCCGACCCCGUGAAGGCCGAAGCCGUCCGCCUCGUCGAUGAGAUGCUCACGGUUGGUAAACUAUCACAUCCUCCCCCUGGCUUACACCUCCGUGCCGUCACCAACUACUAUCCUGUGGUUGGCAAGCGCGUUAGGCCUGUGUUCCCCUCGCUACAGGUGAACCGUGGCUUGAACCGCUUGCUACGGUCCAUCCGGUUUCGUCAGUCGCCUCUCACCGAGCUCAAAACUGGUCUGCGUGGGUGUGUCCACGCAAUAUCCAUGGACGUGCGAGACGCCUUCAUGCAACUCCGUGCUGGAGUUGGGUUGCAGAGGUUUCCCGGCCUCUAUCACCGGGGCGGCACCCUUGUUUUUACGAGGGUGCCGUACGGCCUCGCUAUCUCGCCCCACAUUCUAGAGGUGGCAGUCCGGCAUGUGGUCGGCCGUCUGAUUACUGCGGGGGUGCUCCCGGACUGCCAGGUUAAGGUCUUGCAUUAUAUGGACGACGUCUUUCUUCUGUCUAGACGGUCACUUACUCCUACUGAGGUCUCCACGCUUACCGGCCGAGUUGUUGACCUUUUUGCCCGCUACUCGCUCCCCAUGUCACCUAAGAAGACAAUCGUCCUGUUCGAUACCGCUAAGGUGAACGCCCUCGGCCUUGAGUACAUCGACCACGGCAAGUUCGUCCGAUUUCCUUUACCUCGCUGGCAAGCACUAUUCCACAUUGACCUUGACCGUACUUGGACAUAUCGCACUGUUCUGUCUCACCUUGGCAUGUUGACUGCCGAGUCCGACGUCUUGCCCGAGCACUGUCUGGAGCAGCGCAAUCUGCUGCAAGGUUUGCUCGCUUCCGAGCGGCACCGCUUGCAGAGGGCGUGGACGGAUACUAUCAGCCCAACCCUCUGUGCCUUGCUUCAUGACUGGCUCACUACCUAUCGUGGCUAUGCCGAACCUCCUCCUCUUUGCCGCUUCAUCAACGCUGCCUUGCCUAUCACGGUCUAUACUGACGCCAGCCAGUACGCCUUAGCCUAUAAGAUCUACCAAGACGGACAUCUCAUCUUGCAGGGCCAACGCGUCCUGCGACGUCGUACUGAGCGAACUUUACAUGCCAACGUUCUUGAACUCUACGCUGUUUACUUUGCUCUGUCCCGGCUGAUCCUCUACGAGAGCCUUGCCAAGGUCCACUUUGCGCAUCUGACCCUCUUCACUGACAACAAGACCGCACUCUCCUGCUUACGUACCCUUCGAACCAAGUCCACAAAUCCGGUUGGGCAACAGGCCUUUCUAAAACGUAAGCUAGGACAAUGCAUAGAAUUGGUUGGCCUGGUACGGUUUAAUACUAUUCGGUUCGACUACGUUGACACUAAGGCCAAUCCUGCUGAUUCCGCUACGCGUUCACCAUUGACCGAGAGAUUGCUUGACCGCCUCGAUAACCCGCUGUCUACCUCUACUACAUCUGGCCAGAAGUUGUCUGCCGACUUGGGUGAACACCCUGCUGCUGUUACAUCUCUGGUACAAAGAGCUGCUAUCCUACAAGUCCUGCCAACGCCUUGGCUGGCCACAGACCUUGUGUCUGCUAUCCAAGAUUAUCGGCGCUUGCAUCGUCUCUUCCACGCUUUCAGGCCUACCGGCGAUCAGUCCGACCUGCCCGCUGACCUGUGCUUCUUCCGAGCUCGACAGCGCGACUCGUCCCGACUAUCUGAGUAUGUUGACUACCUGUCUAGUCCUUCCCGGGGGCACCACCUAUCCUUGCGUAAAGCUACCCAGCACCUGGUGGUCAGUCCUUCCGGUUUACUCCUCCGGCAUGUGCUCUACGACGUUUAUGGCCAAAUCGUCCCUCAGGUGGUCUUACACGACGAUGAUCACAAGUCGCUCAUUCACGACAUUAUUCAUCAUUUUCACUGUGUCGGCGGUCAUCCUGGUAUAAAGGCUACUCGACAUCUUGUCGAGCGUUACUUCUGGUCCCCGAAGCUCCGACACGCUGUCCGACGUUAUGUUAAGCAGUGCCAGCCGUGCCUUCUCACCCAACAGUCCCAAGCCUGGCAUGUGCCUAGUUCCUACCCGGCCCCGUCACGGCCUUUCCAGACCUUGGGUCUGGACCUUACUGGUCCAUACCACACGGCUGUGUGGCAUACUGCGUCUUUCAGGGUUUUGCUCACGGCGACUGAUCUCCUAACGAAAUAUACCGUACUGAUUCCACUAGCCAAUGGCACCUUGCCGGAGGUCCUGCAUGGUCUACGAAGCGUCACCUGGUCCUAUGGAGUACCAGCCACCAUAGUGUGUGAUAAUGCAAAGGUCUUUUCGAGCCCUACUUUUGCCCGCUUCUUGCGGGAGUAUGAUAUCCGUAUAUACCAUACCCCACCACUAGCCCCAUUUUAUGGGGGUUGGUUUGAACGCGUACAUCGUACGAUGGGUAUGGUCCUUCGUCGGUUACUGCUAUCGCGGCCUACUGACUGGUUGACUCUGCUGCCUGAGACGCAAUGGGUCUUGAAUCAUGUCCGUCAACAGGAGUACGGCGCUUCACCUCAUGAACUUCUCUUCGGCUACUCUGACAACUUACACUUUCUCCACGCUGCUCUCGAAGCUGUUGACGACCCGGUACCUUCUGACGCUGUUGAGAAGCACUUAUAUGGUCAUCGUCGACUGCUGCAGGAAUUUUGUCGACUGUGGGAGGAUCAACACACUGCUACUCGACUUGCACUCCAACGCCGUGCCACGCUUGGGCCGCAACUGUGUCAAGGAAAUGUUGUAUAUCGUUUCCGCCCUGCUGCCUACAAGCUCACGACUGGUUGGGAUGGCCCCUACACAGUCUUGGAACGGCUGACUGAUGUUAUUUACCUGCUUCAGGAUCCUCGGGAUUCUGCUCAUACACUUCGUGAGCAUGUUCACAACUUGUAUUUAGUUCCUGCGACGCACGAUGCGGCUCCUCAUGUCGACGCUUCUCCAGCUGCGACUCUUCACGACGACGCUUCUCCCGCUGACGGUACACCUGGGUCUGCCGUUCUGCAGGAUGCUACAUCUCCCGAUGAUGACAUAGCUAGUGCUGGUUCUGGCUCUACUGCUGAUCCUGCCCCCGUGUUGUCGUCGCCUACAGUGGCACCUACCCCUUCUCGCUUUUCCACUUCGUCGAGUCGUCCUAAGCAGGUCUUGUUCAAGGUCAAUGAGACUGUCAUUUUCACCAAAGGAGGGGUUGCAUAUGUUGGUCAGAUUACAUCUAUCACUCCAACCUGUUACUUGAUACACCUCUUGGAUUCGACGACGGAUGGUUCUUGGAGGUUCAAGUGGGUUGACAGCUCCACCGGACAAACAUGGGUGACGGAUUCACAACCUACUGGUCAAGCUGAAGGUGACAUUUUGGAGAUUCCGUUCACUGUAAAAUUAAUAAGAUUUACUUUGACCCCAAGUCGCAGUACUACACGUAGCUCUAGUGCUCUGUUAAAAUCAUUCCAUUAUAAAAAACAAUAA